GUGGAAAAAUAGUCGGAUUUUCGUAGUCAACGGGUAGUGAAGUACAUUCGAUUCGUCAUUCGUUUUUUUUUUUCAAGAAAAAAAUAUAACAUAUAAAUUAAUUAUCGUGGAGUCACUGGUGGAAAUUAUUUGUCAACUCGAGAUAAUCACGACAUCAUGACGUACUGCAGACUCAUGCCAAUGAUUCUAUUGUGAUAUUUGGAUUUAUUUGUUUGUGAGGUUUUUUUUUAUUGAAUUUUUUUUUGGAAAAGUGGGGCUGGGGUAACAUAACCUAUUUAUUUUGUGAGAGGGAGUGUGGUUUAUGACACGUAGUGGGGUCUAGGCUGGGAUUGUUGUUGUGAAUGAACCUUUAAAGACUUGUGUGGACGAAACAAGGGAUUUAUUGUUGUUAAAUUACACCUGAGGAAACAAUAAUGGAGGACGCCCACGCUAAGUCAGUGGACGAGGUGUUGAACUACUUCAAUGUUGAUUCUGAAAAGGGUUUGUCAACGGAUCAGGUCAAGAGGAAUCAGGAAAAAUAUGGUCUCAACGAAUUACCAGCCGAAGAGGGAAAAUCCAUCUGGCAACUCGUACUGGAACAGUUUGAUGACCUUCUAGUUAAGAUUCUCUUAUUAGCCGCUAUCAUAUCUUUCGUACUAGCUUUAUUUGAAGAGCACGAGGAUGCGUUCACAGCGUUUGUCGAGCCCUUCGUAAUCCUCUUAAUCCUCAUCGCCAAUGCGGUGGUAGGUGUUUGGCAAGAGCGUAACGCCGAAUCGGCAAUUGAAGCACUGAAAGAAUAUGAACCCGAAAUGGGAAAAGUCGUGCGAAGCGAUAAAUCCGGUGUUCAAAGGAUUCGCGCCAAAGAAAUUGUUCCAGGUGAUAUUGUUGAAGUAUCAGUUGGUGACAAAAUUCCCGCUGACAUUCGUCUCAUCAAGAUCUACUCAACAACAAUAAGAAUUGAUCAGUCUAUUCUCACUGGUGAAUCUGUAUCGGUUAUCAAACACACUGAUCCAGUACCAGAUCCACGAGCUGUCAAUCAGGAUAAGAAGAAUAUUCUGUUCUCUGGUACAAAUGUAGCUGCUGGAAAAGCACGUGGUGUUGUGAUGGGUACAGGUUUGAACACAGCUAUUGGUAAAAUCAGAACUGAGAUGUCGGAGACUGAGGAGAUCAAGACACCUCUUCAACAGAAAUUGGAUGAAUUUGGUGAACAACUGUCCAAGGUUAUCUCGGUUAUUUGCGUUGCUGUCUGGGCGAUUAACAUUGGUCACUUCAAUGAUCCUGCUCAUGGUGGAUCAUGGAUCAAGGGUGCCAUCUACUACUUCAAGAUCGCUGUUGCUCUCGCUGUCGCUGCCAUUCCUGAGGGUCUGCCCGCUGUCAUCACCACCUGUCUCGCUUUGGGAACCAGAAGAAUGGCCAAGAAAAAUGCUAUUGUUCGGUCACUGCCAUCGGUUGAGACACUCGGCUGCACAUCUGUCAUCUGCUCCGACAAGACUGGAACCCUUACCACCAAUCAGAUGUCCGUCUCGCGAAUGUUUGUCUUCGAUAAGGUAGAGGGCAAUGACAGCAGCUUCCACGAGUUCGAGAUCACUGGCUCAACGUACGAACCCAUUGGCGAUGUCUUCCUGAAGGGACAGAAGGUCAAGGGACAGGAGUACGAGACCCUCCAUGAAAUCGGUACCAUCUGCAUUAUGUGCAAUGACUCGGCCAUUGACUUUAACGAAUUCAAACAGGCAUUUGAGAAAGUUGGCGAAGCUACGGAGACAGCUCUCAUCGUUCUCGCUGAGAAAAUCAAUCCAUUCGGAUGCUCCAAGAGUGGACUAGAUCGACGAGGUGCUGCUAUUGUUGUACGCCAGGAUGUUGAGACCAAAUGGAAGAAGGAAUUCACCCUGGAAUUCUCUCGCGAUCGUAAAUCAAUGUCGUCUUACUGCGUUCCUCUCAAGCCAUCCAAACUUGGAACUGGACCAAAAUUGUUCGUCAAGGGAGCACCCGAGGGUGUUCUCGACAGGUGCACACACGCUCGCGUUGGAACAAGCAAAGUACCACUGACGUCAACCCUCAAGAACCGAAUUUUGGAUCUCACGAGGCAGUACGGAACUGGCAGGGAUACCCUACGUUGUUUGGCACUGGCCACCGCCGAUCAUCCGAUGAAGCCCGAUGACAUGGACCUCGGUGACUCCACCAAGUUCUUCACAUACGAGAAAGAUCUGACUUUCGUCGGUGUUGUUGGUAUGCUUGAUCCACCCAGAAAGGAAGUGUUUGAUUCAAUCGUCAGGUGCAGGGCUGCUGGCAUCAGAGUUAUUGUCAUCACUGGUGAUAACAAGGCAACGGCUGAAGCCAUCUGCAGGCGCAUUGGUGUCUUCACUGAGGAGGAAGACACCACUGGCAAGUCUUAUUCUGGAAGGGAGUUUGAUGAUCUACCGGUAUCCGAGCAGAGGGCUGCCUGUGCACGCGCCCGACUAUUCUCCCGUGUUGAACCGUCUCACAAGUCCAAGAUCGUGGAGUUUCUCCAGAGUAUGAAUGAAAUUUCUGCUAUGACUGGUGAUGGUGUCAAUGAUGCUCCUGCAUUGAAGAAAGCGGAAAUUGGUAUUGCUAUGGGAUCUGGUACAGCUGUCGCCAAAUCAGCUUCUGAAAUGGUUCUCGCUGAUGACAACUUCUCGUCUAUUGUUGCUGCUGUUGAAGAGGGCAGGGCUAUUUACAAUAACAUGAAACAGUUCAUUCGUUAUCUUAUUUCGUCUAAUAUUGGUGAAGUUGUCAGUAUCUUCUUGACUGCUGCACUUGGACUUCCUGAGGCACUCAUUCCUGUACAACUACUCUGGGUCAAUCUUGUCACUGAUGGUCUUCCUGCUACUGCUCUUGGUUUCAAUCCACCUGAUCUUGAUAUCAUGGACAAGCCACCUCGCAAAGCUGAUGAGUCGCUUAUCUCGGGCUGGCUGUUCUUCCGUUAUCUUGCCAUCGGUGGAUAUGUCGGUGCUGCUACUGUCGGAUCGGCAGCGUGGUGGUUCCUCUACAGCCCCACCGGACCUCAACUUAAUUAUUAUCAGCUGACUCAUCACUUGUCAUGUAUUGGUGGUGGUGACGAGUUCAAGGGUGUCAACUGUAAAAUCUUCACUGAUCCUCAUCCGAUGACGAUGGCUCUGUCUGUUCUUGUCACUAUUGAGAUGCUUAACGCAAUGAACAGUUUAUCUGAGAACCAAUCGCUCAUCAGCAUGCCACCGUGGUCCAACAUGUGGCUCAUUGCCUCCAUGGCUCUUUCAUUCACACUUCACUUCGUCAUUCUUUACGUUGAAGUUCUUUCGGCUGUGUUCCAAGUUACUCCCCUCAGUGGUGAAGAGUGGGUAACGGUAAUGAAGUUUUCAAUUCCAGUUGUACUUCUCGACGAGACCCUGAAGUUCAUCGCCAGAAAAAUAGCAGACGGUGAGAGUUCAAUUUACACCGCACACUGGAUCGUUCUAAUGUGGGCCGUGUUCUUUGGACUAUUAAUAGUUUGCCCAAUUUAGAGUUGAUUUUCAUAUUUUUAAAUAGCCAGGGUUUACGAUAAUUAAUUGAAAAAUAACUAGCUUAAUGACCCGACGAAGGUGAAGAAGAAAAAAGUUGAAAAAAAAAAGAAGAUAAAAAUGCAAAAAAUGCAAAAUCGUCAGCAACAGAUGAGCGAAAAUAUUUCCUAUGGAAAAAGGCAUUCCGAGGGAAUCUUGGACUUGCAGCUGCAUUUAAUCGAGUGAAAAAAAAAUAAUUGAUGCAUAAAUAGCAUAAACGAGAUCACGGAAGGAGAGACAUUUUUCUUUCUUUUCUCAUAAAAAAAAACAACAAAAUAUUAACGAAAGUGUGUUUAAGUGAGAUUUUUUAACCAGUUUUCUUUCAUCACUCCUGACUGUGAAAAGAGCAUGGUGUUAGUCAGUGCAGACGAUUAAGAGUCUUCAUUCUGUGAUUAAAUGAAGUUGAUUAGAUGAAAAUUCAGUAGUGGAAAAACAGAAUCAAUUGACUUAUCUCUGAGGUGUGUUUUCGAGCGAUAUCUCCGAAUGUAAGGGAGAUAGCGGAAUUUUUGUUAGACAUUUUUUAGGGAGCUAAUCGAGCACUACAGAAAAUGUCUCUACAAAAAUUUCGCUAUCUGUCUUAGAUUCGAAGAUAUUGAUCAAAACCUGAAUUUGGAUACGUCCACUUUUCUUGUGUUACCACUUCUGAAUAAAAGUAAUAACUGAUUGGGAAAAUCAUUGAAAAAUUAACUGGAUUAUUUAUGAUUUCACUUAAUGACAGAAUCGAUGGAAUUGUCAUGAUGACAAUUAGAUAAUCAUAAUUAUUGUAAUUGUGUGAAUCCGUUAUUUAAUGUUCCAUCUGUUCCCUGAGUGUUUGAAUCGGCCUUCCCCAGUCCCCGAUAAUUAAAUCCGAUAGUUUAUUAAUUAUUUUAUACGAGUGCCUUCGAAGAGAGACGUUUCAUCCCCAUUUUUUGAUUGUUAAUCUUCCUAUUGGCUCAGUAAUUCGAUUUUUCGCACAAUUUUUCGAUGAUAAUUGAUAAUAAAAUUUUUUUUUGAGGAAAUUUUCCAUACGCUGACUAAAUUGCAUGCUUAAUCACCGAUGUCUUCUCUGAUUUCACGUUAUGAUGGUGAUUGCCUGAUUCAACCGUAGGUUUUUUAUAUAAAUACAGGUGGAAUAGACGUAAGACAUUAAUUAAUUCACUUGUAAAUAUUGAGAUGUAGUGGGAGUAAAUGCUGUACAUUUGUAGCUUUUUUCAUGAUUUUUAUUUGAAUUGGGCGGAUUUUGUCGGUGAAUGCAUCGGUGAAUUUGGCUAACGGGUCUUAGAACUUUUUUGAAUAUUUUUUUGCGUUUUUUUCAUCGCUUUUGAAAUUUUUUUGUGGUACAGGGAAAAUUGAAUUUUUGGUUUUUCAUUUGUGGGGGUUUUUACGAGAGAAGGUGAGGGGAAAGCGGUUGCAAUGGGAUUUUGCAUUGAGUCGAAUUUUUUUUUUAUAAAAUUGGAAAAAAAUGAGAAUUUUUUUUUGUGAAUAAAAUAUUGAACAAAAUUAAAAUUUCUAGAUUGUUUUUUAAUAUUAUUUACUGUUGAUACAGUAGAGUUCUAUCAAUCUCAAUUCAUAGAUCGGGAAAUUCUCUACGAAAUGAAAGAAAAUUUUCCAUUUUAAAGAAUUUGUUGUUACUUAAGUAAAAAAAACAAAAUUUUUAAUUCAAAAAUUUGUCUUGACGCUAUAAAAUGAAGGGGGCAGAAUGGGUGUUUUUUCUCCAAGGAGUGCAUCCUUAUCUGCUUUGUUCAAGCCUUUCGUGAAAAACAAAAAAAAAAUUCAAGUAUUUUCAUUUAUUUGUGAACGAAAAAUUCAAUGUAAAAAUCUAAAUUUUGAAAAUUAUUAUUUUUCGUAAUUUGCUGUUGAUACAGCAGAGUUCUAUCAAUCUCAUUAGAUAAACCAUGACAUUCUUUACAAAGUUAAAAAAAUCCUUCAUUUUAAUUGAAUUUUUUUCUCAAAACCUACAAAAAUUGUUUCAUCAAACAAAAUUUUUUGGUGUUGAAAAAUCAACGGGGCUAAUUGUGAAUUCUUUUGAAUUUCACACAAAAUGUCACAAACUGUUCGAUAAAUUAGAUCCGCUGCAGCUCCAUUCUCUCUUAAAAAACCCCAAACAAAUACAAAAAUAAAAAAAUUAGAUUUUCCCGUCAACCGACAAUCGAUUUUUUUUAAUUCGACAAAUCAGCUUUGAAAUUCGUAAAAAAUAAACGAUCCCCAGAAGUUUCAUUCAGAACUGACGUUUGUAAUUCCCUCAGCACAUCUCCUUAUCCCAAACCGAAUCGUCUUCCGAAAAGCCAAAAGAAUAAACAAUAAAAUGCUGUUGCAUGUGAAUAAUUUGUUCCCAAAAAUUCCGUUUUUUCGCUCUGCGUUCUUUGCGACUGGUGAAUAAAAACUGAAUAAAAAAAUAAAAUAAUAUAAAAAUGAAUCAUCGGUAAGUGCAAGUAAUAUCCCCAGGGAAAAAUUCCAAUGGUCCUGACACUUUGUCGAGAAUAGUGUUUUUUAUAUUUUUUCCCGAGUGGAAGCAAUUUUUUAUUUACCCCAUUCCCUUCGUGCUUGCGAAUUCCCGUGUAAUUAAAAAAAAUUUGUCGUCGACUUUUUACUACUUUUAAUAGACUAUUGUUGUCUCCUUGACAUGUGCUUACGUGUGAUUACAAUUUCUAUCCCGUUUGAUGUCUGUUUUUACCCCUGGAUUUUAAUUUUUUUUUAAGGGAGUUCUUGUGAUUUUCAAUGAGUCUCUGCCAUCCUGCGUCGAGUUGUUAAUUCAAUGGGCUAUUUUAGGGCCAUUUUAUCAUCGAUUAUCAUUAAUUGUGAGGUAAUCCUCGGGAUUAGUCAUUAAAUCCGAAUAAUAGAGAGGUUUUAACACUUGUAAUUAUGAAUUUAUUCCUGUUUUCACGAGUUCCCUUAAUCGCAAAUUUAUGAUUAUGGGGAAGAAGGGGGGGGGGGUCACGAGGAAUUGAAUUAGCGAUAUUGGUAGGAAUCAAUAGCAUCCCUAGAACGUUGAAAAGACUGAGGCGACGCGAGGUAGUGUUAAUGAUAACAAAAACGGGGAAAUAAAAAAAUUCCCGCAGCAAUUUUUGCAGCUAUCUCGGUGGGGGGUUGGUUUAGAAAAAAAUGUCAUGGGAACUUUUUGUAGGAAAUUGAAUUUUCAACAUAAAGUUUUUCAUGAGUUUUUCUGAUAGAGUCACUCGUUAAUUAGAUAAUAAGCUUUGAAGUUUUCUAAAAAUCUGGAAAACGUUGAAUCGUGAGUUUCAUGUUUCUGUUACAUUAAUUAGUGAUUAAUUUCUUAAUUACGCUGGCUAGUGGAACCGAUCGUUACCGAGAUAACAAGCGGUUCUUUCCGAAAAAAAGACGAAGUGAACUUUGAUAAUAAUGAUGUCCCAACUCUAUUAAUUAUGUAUUUAAUUAAUUGAUAGAAUUAUGGUUGAGGCGUGGUACUUCUGUUAUUUCGAUACCGGCAUAACGAAACUUAAUUAGUUAAUAAUUUAGAGAAACAGUUUGACAAAUUUUACGUGUCAAAUGUCACCCGGAAAAGCAGGAAUGAAGAAUAAAUUAAUCGGAAGGGAAUAACAAAUUCACGAGGUUGAAAAUAUUUUUAUUGACAACUUAGUGAAAUUUCGCGUGGAAAACACACUCGGAUGACCUAUUUAGUUCUCCAACUUCUCGAGAAACUACACGAACAACUUCUCAACUUGUUUUCGCAGUGUCUCCUCUUGUUAUGGGGCAAAAUGGGCCGUCGUAUUGUGCUUUCAAGUAGAAAUUUACCGUUGACACGUUCCGAGAAACGGCGGAAGUGUGGAAUUGACGACUUUCUGAUGCAACGGUUGAACACGAAUUCCUUUUUAAAUGUGGAAAUAUCUCGAUAAGGAACGGAUUUAGGGGGAAAUGUCUUUAGAACUUUUUUAAGAGAAUUAAAUUCUCAAGAAGAAACUGCUUCACCUUUUUUUAUCUAGAGCCACUCGGUAACGAGAUAACGAAAGUUCAAGUAGAUUUUUAUGAAUCGGCAAAACGCGAAAAUAUUGAAUUUUUCAUCUUUGUUAAUUCGUUAUUUUUGCACUCAACGGAUGCUUUCAUAGAAAAAAGUUUACCGAACUUUUUAUGCGAAAUUGAAUACUGCGUAGAAACAGUCUCUUGACAUUUUCGUCUAAAACCACUUAGCAUGGAAAUACCGAGUGUCAAACUAUUUCCGACCAUAAAAACGACUGAAACACUCUACACACUUUCCCCAUCAUUUACGAACCAAAAUGUUAAAUUUCCCCGACGAUUUACUUCUCUAAUUAGAUAAUUUGCUCAAUAAACUCGACGUGGGUUAGUGGUAAGACUCAUUUCAGCUCGGAAGUUGACGAAUUCCUCCCGAAAAUUCCCCCCGAGCCAAAAACGUCAGAAUUUUAAAAAAUCCUCACACACACCCACGCCCCAAAUGUUAUGAAAAAAAUCCUGACCCCAUCAACUGGUGCGGGAGAAGGCAACCCGAUAAAACAAUAAAACCUUAACGAAGAGCAAUUUUAUUAUUAAUAACUUAUAUUAAUGUAAUGUUACUAUUAGCCAGCGAGAUGUGUGUGAUAUUCUCUUCGCUUCGUCCAGUCGUGAAUCAUAAAAAUCAUUAUCCGGAUUAAAAAACCCAGUUAAUUAAUUCAUUAAGUCAGGGAAGGCAAGAAUUACCUCAUCUAAAGCUCGAAAAAUUUUACCAGAAAUUUACAAAAUUAGCAAUUAAAAAAGAACAUUUUAAAAUACGGUAAUGAUGAUAAACCGAGGUUUCUCAGUCACGUUUUUCGGGAAUAUCCGCGAACCUGAAAGAGAUAGCAAAAUUUUUGUUAUGACCUUUAUUAUGGAACUUAAUAUGCUCUACAAUAAAGGUUAUAACAACAAUUUUGCUAUCUGCCCUCGAUUUCGAGAUAUUGAUGAAUAAACUGACCGAUAGUCAAAAGGGACUCAUCUUCUUUUGCCUCUUCGCUAUUAAAUUAAUAAACAAUUGCCUUUUAAAUUGCAAUAAAAAACUUUUUUUUUUCAUUAUUGGAUGAUAAACUUCCCCAACUGUUGAAUGAGACUCCCUCCGCCCCCACUUAAUUUGAAAAGUACAAAAUUGAAAAUUUUAUUUCCAUUGAGAAACUGAAAAUUUUCAUUUUAAUGGGAAAAUAGGAAUUUUAAUUUCAUUUAUGAACUCAUGACUGGACGAAAUAUCAGAAUAGCAGCGAUUUUUGUUUAUAAAUAUGAAGUAAUAAUUUAUCAUUAAAGCGAUCGAUUUUUUUUUUCUUCAAAGUACCUUGUGAUUGAGAGAGAAAAAUGAAGAAAAAAAAUACAGUCAUGUACCGGGUGUCUGUGGAGUCAGCGAUCGGCCUAGUAAUUAUAAAAAUCAUUGAAUAAAGCAUCAAGAGAAAUAGAGAAA